AUGGACUAUUCAGGUGGGGAACGUCGUCCUCCUAGGGCAGCUCGACCCCCGGGCUCCUCACAACCAACCAGUCCAUCCACAUCACCGUAUCCAGAGUCGCCCGUUCCUCGAGGCGUUUCCUUUCAAAAAGUCGAACGUGGCGACCGGACGGAAGCUCUUGAUCAUCACCGCCAGCGGACUAUACCAUCCGCUUACCACAGCCAGCUAUUGCCUGGUGACCAGGAUCAAGAGACAGGUGGCUUGGAUGGGAGGGUCUUGAGGAAGAAGAGUCUUGUUCGUCCAGAUCGUGAAAAAAUUGAACCAGGACAUCGACAGUGGCAUUAUCGUAGCCAUGUUGCUCAAGCAGAGGCAGAGGGAAAUGCUCGCGUUGGAGUUUAUCCGUCUACUACGGGCAACUAUCCCCAGGCUGGUUUGCGACGUGGACGAUCUCUUCUUGCACGAGAAGAGGAUAUCCCCGAAUCUGGCCUUUCUAUCUUCAAACGAGGUCCCACACUACUUCGCAGAAAAUCGACAACUUCUUCGACUCAGAUGCCAAUGCUCGAUCAAGAGAAUAAGAGCCGAAGCUGCUUGGGUGAUUUUGCGCCAGGACCCAAAGGCCCUUGGAUGGUUUAUUGCUAUAUUCUAACCUGCUGUAUCCCGCCCUUCGUGAUGAGAGCAUGCGGUCUUCGCAGUGCAGAACAACAACGUGCAUGGCGGGAGAAGAUGGGUCUAGUCAGCAUCAUUCUUGUCCUAAUGGCUGGUGUAGGUUUCCUCACUUUCGGUUUCACGGAAGCCGUCUGUGGCGACCCUCCUAAACGCUUCCAUGGAGGUGCUGUCGGUCCAUUCAAUAUUGACGUUGGUUUUGUGGUCAUCCACGGUUACAAUUACAACUUGACCAAUUGGAUCCACCCGAAGGCCGGCUCCACUUUCGAUGGAACCACGAACCCUUUGAAUCUUUAUCAGGGACUGGGAGGCAACGACGCAUCUUUCCUAUUCCAGAACGUCAAUAAGAAUUGCUACGGACUCAUCACGAAGGCCUCGAAUUCUACCAUCACUGGCAGCGGCGGAAACCUCGAUUGGUAUUUCCCAUGCAACAUCUUCAAUACUGCGGGGAGCCGUGGCGCUAACUAUACAAAUUAUGAAAGCCCCAAGAUGUGUCAUACUACGCCGCUAGCCAGGUCGCAGCUUUCUCUAUUUAGCCCGUCAGGUCAAGUUUAUUACACUUGGGAUGAUGUUCGUCACGGUGGUCGCAAUCUUGCCGUUUACGAGUCAAAUGUCAUCGACCUCAGUCUGCUCCAGUGGCUCAGCAAAGCUCAAGUCAACUACCCCGCUGUUUUCGACGAAAUACAAAGCCCGAACGAAACCUACCAGGGCAAAGAUCUGACCAUGAUGUUUAUGCGUACUAAGCAGAAAACCCUUGGUCGUUGUCUGCAGGACAUUGCGACAGUUGGUUACAUCGACACCCAAACUAUCGGCUGCGUCGCUUCUUCUGUUGUUCUCUACCUUUCUCUUGUCUUCAUCGUCGGAGUCGUCCUCAUUCGUUUCGGCUUGGCUGUUUACUUCCAGUGGUUCGUCUCGUGGAGGCUUGGAAACUUCCCUCGAGAGACGUAUGAACAACGAAUGCAGCGUUCGGCGGAGAUCGAGAACUGGUCAAACAACAUCUAUACACCUGCUCCGAGCGAGUAUCGACCGAACGUGAACAAGAGCGGUCUUAACAAACCCAGGAAGAGCUUCUUACCUUCCACUUCGCGAUUCACUCCUGCCGAAAAUGUUUUGAAGCCUGGGCAGAGACCCACCACUGCAUACAGCAUGAUGGAUUCUUCCUCAUCCGGUAAUUGGAAGCAAUCCAUGAAUCCGAAGAAGACUGGUUCUGAUACUUCCAGUGUCCGACAAUCGAGGAACACGAUGUCGUUCCCACAAGACGGCUUUAUUCGAGGUUCAUUUGCCGAGAGUCAGUGUCCUUUCCCACUGCACGGUGUUGUUCCACAGCCUCCUCCCGAUUACGAGCCGUUCAACUUCCCACUCGCUCACACGAUAUGCCUCGUCACUGCAUACUCCGAGUCUGUGGAAGGUUUACGCACUACGUUGGAUUCUCUUGCAACUACCGAUUACCCCAACAGUCAUAAGCUGAUUCUCGUCAUCGCUGAUGGAAUGGUCAAGGGUGACGGAAACACGUUGACGACACCCGAGAUCUGUUUAGGCAUGAUGAAGGAAUUGGUCAUCCCUGCCAAUGAGGUGGAGCCCCAUUCAUAUGUGGCCAUCGCUGAUGGCCAUAAGCGACACAACAUGGCCAAGGUAUACGGUGGUUGGUACGAUUAUGACGACGCGACUGUUGAGCGGUCAAAACAGCAGCGUGUUCCGAUCGUUCUGGUGGCCAAAUGUGGUAACCCCCUAGAAGCGGAUGACCCUAAACCUGGAAAUCGAGGCAAGCGAGAUAGUCAGAUCGUUUUGAUGGCUUUCUUGCAGAAAGUUAUGUUCGAUGAACGGAUGACCACAUUUGAGUACGAGUUCUUCAAUAACAUCUGGAGGGUCACGGGUGUCAGUCCGGAUCAUUACGAACUUGUGCUUUGUGUGGAUGCAGAUACGAAGGUUUUCCCGGAUGGUGUUACGCGGAUGGUUAGCUGCAUGAUCCACGAUCCUGAGAUCAUGGGUGUUUGCGGAGAGACAAAGAUUGCAAAUAAAGCGGAAACCUUUGUGACCAUGAUGCAAGUGUUCGAGUACUACAUUUCGCAUCAUAUGACGAAGGCCUUCGAGUCUAUGUUCGGUGGUGUUACCUGUUUGCCCGGAUGCUUCAGUAUGUACCGAAUCAAGGCACCUAAAGGCGAUACAGGAUAUUGGGUCCCCAUUCUCGCAAAUCCGGAUAUUGUGGAGCACUAUUCCGAAAACGUUGUGGACACUCUUCACAAGAAGAAUUUGCUCUUACUCGGUGAAGAUCGAUACCUGACCACGCUGAUGCUGAAGACCUUCCCCAAGCGGAAGAACAUGUUCUGCCCACAAGCGGUCUGUAAAACGGUGGUUCCCGACACAUUCCGUGUUUUACUGUCUCAGCGUCGCCGAUGGAUCAACUCUACCAUUCACAAUCUUGCCGAACUUCUUCUUGUCCGAGACUUGUGUGGAACGUUCUGUUUCUCCAUGCAAUUCGUUGUUGGUAUGGAGUUGGCGGGAACUCUAGUGUUACCGGCUGCCAUUGCCUUCACCUUGUAUCUGAUCAUUGUCUCAAUUAUUCCUGGAGGCACAGAUACCACCAUUCCCUUGAUUCUGCUUGCCUUCGUCCUUGGUCUCCCUGGUAUCCUGAUCGUUAUCACCUCGAAGAAGGUUGCCUAUAUCGGUUGGAUGUUAGUUUAUCUACUUUCUCUACCGAUUUGGAACGGUAUUCUACCUGCCUACGCGUUCUGGCACUUUGAUGACUUCAGUUGGGGUCAGACGAGAAAGGUUGCUGGCGAUAAAGGUGGGAAUCAUGGAGACAAGGAAGGAGAGUUCGAUUCGAGUCAUAUCAUCAUGAAACGCUGGGCAGAGUUUGAACGUGAGAGGAGAUGGAAGAGCGGGACACAGAGCAGGGACGAUUCACUAUAUCAGGGAAACAAACGCCACUCACUUGUGUCGAAUUUCGACUAUCAUCCCGCCUCUUUGAAUGGAGGCUUUGAUAGCAGUACUGUGGAUUCCGCCGCAUUCUCGCCUCGACAAAGACACGAUUCCAAUGCGUUGUUAAUGCUUCCCGCACCUUUGGCAGUCAACCGAAACCCAAUGUCAUCUGCAUCUUCCGUUGGUGGGCCCAGGUCCAGCGAAGAUGUUUCCGAUAAUGGAUCUGGCCAUGGCUCGCAAACCAAUCUACGCCUUGUUCCAAGUUUCCAAUCCCAAUCUGAUUACGAUUCUUCGUCACCACUUCCUCGGUACUCCUCGCCAGGUGUACAGUAUGAUUCUCCGACCUCGCGAUCGUCACCAGCACCCAAUCCUUUCUACUCUCAAGUUCAGGUCCACAGUCCAGGUCUUUACGACGAAACUGGCCCGACCUAUGGGAAUGAUUCGGAUUCGGAGGCACAUAGUCCCCAUCGUGGUGCGAGGGGGGUCAGGCUGAUGGAUAGUGGCCCUGUUCCUGGCCCCGAUGGCGUCAGAAGAGUAUCGAGAACCGGAGGACGGAGGCAGUCCAGUCAGAACCGAUAUUCUAGGAACUCAGCGACGUAUGGACUACCCCCAGGAGCAGCUCCUCCUCAAUCUGGCGGUGGGGGUUAUGCUAGCUAA